AUGUCGGAAUCUAAAUAUUCAUUUCCGAAUCCGACUCCGCCUUACGAUUCCAAAUCCAUGUCCUUUAAGUCACAUACAGAUCAGAAUAUGUCUCCUUCACAUUCUGCAAUACCCUCUUAUUUAACGGCACAAAGACGAGGUUCCAUUACAGAUCCUUCACUCCAUAUGUCAGUUCCAAAUCCAGAAUUGGCAAGACAAUAUUCUCAGCCUGAUGUUAAUUUUCCUUCAAAUUCUGGGUCUGGAUCUUCUGAGCGUCGUAGUUCAUUUAUAUCAGAUCAGUUUCCACCAUCACCAUUUUCAUCCUUAUCACGCUCGUCUUCUGUGAAAGGCGAGCAAUCAAUUCAAUCUUUUUCACCUCUGGAAACACGCAAACUUAGGGAUGCAUUACCAUCAAUUAGCGCUAGCGCAAGUCCCGUUAGGGAUGGCUUUCCAGGGCCAUUAAUGAAUCCCGCUUUUCAAGCACAAUUACAACCACGACGCCAUUCUAUUGCUGUUGGAGAAGUUGUUGCACCCCUCAAAAGAAAAAAUAAUAUUGUCACACCAGCACCAACUCAACCAAUUAUGCCAGAAGGUUAUCCAGUGAAACGACGAGAAUCUGUUGGAGAUCCAAGCAUACAGCGAUUGUCAUUAUACGAUCGAAGAAAUUCUUAUUCUGCACCCUCUAGUCCUCCAGCACCGCCAUCAUCAUCUCUCAGUAAUUCUCUACCCAAACUUAAUGUGCAGGAUGUGGAGAGUAGUUUACAAACUCAUAAUGAAUCAUGUGCACUUCCUACUUCAUAUAAUGAUAAUGUACCAGAUCACCCAGGAGCAAAUAAUAUGUCAACAUCGCAUAUUGGUGAACAAAAUGAUAUUUCAAUUGCUUAUCCACAUUUUAGCAAUCCUCGUUUAUCUCAAAUUGUUCAAGAGGAAGUUAGUGCCCCAAUAUUGGCUCGCCGUGCUUCCAUGCCUGUUAUGACAUUUCCAUCUCGAUUUACAGAAUCUGUUCAACAAGAUGGUGUGCCCAUGGACGAGACUCCUUACUCCCGUUCUCCUGAAUUAAGGAUAUCUCAUAAGCUAGCGGAACGAAAAAGAAGAAAGGAAAUGAAAGAACUUUUUGAUGAACUUAGGGAUUCAUUACCUGUAGAUAAAAGUUUAAAGACGAGUAAAUGGGAAAUUUUAAGCAAAGCUGUUGAUUUUAUCAACACUUUGAAACAUAAUCAAGAUGAAAUGGCCAAAGAGGUAGAGACAUUGAGACAGCAACUCGCUGCGUUUAAAGGGUGUGGCAGCAGUGAAACCAGCACACCAGCAUCAUCGUAA